CUUUCGUUUACUCUUUUAAGUUUAAACUAGUAGCUACAGGUAUAAAUAGCUGCUAUAUCACAAUAAAAUUCGUUGUCCAUGAAUGAAGGUGAUGAAUUCUACAAACUAUAGCAUUGUCGAACCAGGCACAGUCUACAUUGCCAGUGGAGUCGCUCACAUUCUGCUUGUGAUAAUCCCCACUAUAAUUCUCGGGUCUAUUGUCCUCGCCAUUUUCAUCUCCAACAAGAAACUAAGAGACCCCGUGUCUGUUGUGUUCAUAUUCAGCAGUGCCUGGAGCAUUGCCGGUCCACUCAGCUAUGGCUUACUAAUGGACGUCAGUCUAAUUACCGACCGCGAAGUAAUUGGAUCCUGCCAAAAUUACAGCUCGAGAAUCUUUUGGAUUGCCUUUGCCACCUUUCAAGCUGGUUUACUUGUCAUCAACGCGUACAUGUCUAUCGUUCAUUAUCUAACUAUACGAUGGGGAAUUAACAAAGUUUCUCUUCGAGUCACUGCAGCAGUAUUGUUCAUAUCUUUGACGGUCACCCUACUAAUUUGCAUGGUGAAUUUCGUUGGACUUUCCAGUCCGCUGAAAGUAAGAGGAUCUUUAUGCUUACAUCCAAGCAGCUUCACGGACACAAUGGUAAUCGGAGGAUCUGCAUUGAUAUUCUUAUCUUUACCGAUUUGCAUAGUUGUUGGAGUGUUUUUCUCUCUCACAAUAAGGUACGUUAAGAAAAACACGAUAGCAAAUACAAAUCUUGUCAAGAGUGUUACCAAGAUUAUUGUCUCCUGGACGAUAUUUGUAAUUGCCUCUCAAUCAGUUCCUGUAACUGCAUUUUUAAUACGCACCCACUCAAAAGGAAGCAUAGUUGUUUACAAUGUCGCCUGGUUCUUCAUAUACUCCGUGGAGAUAAGCUACCCUUCGUAUCUGCUACUUGUACUGUUCCUACACAAGACUGUUCGAGAAACAUUCAUUGGAAAGUGCAAAAAAAUAAGAGACAAAAUGUGUCGUAGAAAGCAGCCAAAAACUAUUGAAGUCAAACAGCAGGUAUUUGAUAUCAAUAUUAUCUGACAUCCCACAUAUACACAUGCAUGUAAUACACUGUUGAUGUUUGAUUUGGU